AUGAACGCUCCGAUUUUCACCGCUUUACCUCCGGCUGAAUUCGCCGGUGCGGACCAGCAGCAGGGGCCGGACCUGAGGGCGGGUAACAGAGCAGUCCUCGGUGGCCAGCUGAGGGAGGUCCAGGUCACCGGGGUGGCGGAGGUUUCGUGCCCGGCCGACCGAGCGUCGGUGCGGGUCAGUGUGAGCAGCACCAAGGAGUCCGUGAACGAGGCGACUGACAGCGUCACACGACGCCUCGAUUACAUUCUACAGGCUCUCAGACAACAUGGUGUGAAGGAUGCAGACUCAUCAGUGAGGAGGUUUCUACGUCGAGACGCUGACGUGUACAUCAUGGAUGCAGAGGUUGUGGUGACUUUCUCAGAUUUUCAGAAGAUGGAACAGAUUUGUGGCGUCCUGCUUGAAAAGCUGGAUAAGAGCGUCUGCGUGGGGGCACCUCGCUUCCACCACAGCCCCGGAUGUUUGGAUCAAACGAGGCAGAGAGCGUGUGUAUCAGCAGUCGAGAAUGCUCAACAGAAGGCCACCAGAAUCAGUCAGCUCCUGGGGGAACGCCUGGGAUCUCCCCUGCUGGUCAGAGAGGAGGGAACCAAGGAGUGGAGGAAUGAUGAUGAUGAUGAGGAGGAUGGAGGCAGGGAGCAGAGGUCAGCUCCUCACUUUCCCCACAUACCUAAAAUCACCGUCUCUUCCCACGUCUCCGUCUCCUUCAGCUUCACAGACAAAAGCAGAAAACUCUGA